UCUUUUCCGUAAACAAUUUGAAAGAGAGCGUCGGGUAUUAGCUACAGUUGUUGUUGGCUAAAUAGAAUACAUGAGGUUGUAAAAAGCUUGUUGUAAUUCACCGUUACUUGAUGUAUUUUGUACUUGUUUAUGCCUUGGCUUGUUUAUCGACAUGCCAUUGCCAUUUCAUCGAAGAGGAUGGGAAAAAUGAGAACCACUGUGGUCUUCUAAAGCAAUGGCUUAAAUCCUCACUAGUUUCAGUGGAGAUCAUCAAGAAGGGGUUUCACAGGGAGGUGGUAACCACUGUUGAGCUCGGCCCUGAUGUGCUCAGUGGGGUCAGAGUUCUGCUCGUCCAUAGAUGGCCCAGAGGUGUCUUUGUUGAUCCGUACCAACUUGCAUCUCUGAGCGAUCAAAGCGAUUGGAAGAUAUUGCUAGAUUCAGCCAUUGACCUAGAGGUGCCUGCUCACAAGACUGUGGGAUUUGUCACCUAUGUGUAUCCCAGCCCUGAUGGACCAACUCCCAGAUUGCUAAAAGUAACAAUUCCCAUACACGGUCGCUACCACGAGCCUUCUUUUGUUGGCGAGACGUUUACAUCUGUCGACAUAGAACCUCCAGAGCUGCUGCUGCGGACUGACAAAUGUACGCAGCUCGACAACAAAGAGCCUCAUGCUGCCGUGGACGCCCCCUGUACUCCCGACAAUUCAAGCACAUGUCUGUGGGUCAAACUCCAGCAUCAGCAGGAGCGAGGCCCGAUGGGUGUCCAGUUUCCAGUGGGCGACGGGUCUUUGGUGACGCCUGUGUGCGGUGGGACUCUUUUAGUCACACUGCUCUGCUGUGUGGCACUGUCCAAACACAUGUGGAAACAUCGUAUCAAUUAACAGUGAUUGUCAACAUAUCUUGUGUUAAACAACUCAUGAUCCUCUAAUUAUACAGUUCUGUCCGAUACGCACUCUCACUCUGGCAUCUCUGUGAUCAAGGUUUUCGAACAUAAACCAUCAAGGGCCAUAAACAAUAACGCCACACAGACAUUAAUAGGCACAGAUAGAAAAGGUCCGGUGUAUAUUAAUCAUUUUGAAUGAAAAUAUGCAUAAAACACCUUAUCUUGUGAGCUGACACAAAUGGAGAACAGGACUAUUUUACAUCAGGCCAGGUUUCUAAAUGGAGGAGGUUCCUGGUUUUUACUGUGUAUAAUAAUCCAGAUAGUUCAGUUAACCAGGUUCUGGGUAUAAUAUGUCUUAGUUACUGUAAGUAAACGUCUGUUUUGGUUAAUCCUCUCUACUUUUUGUGGAAGAUUUCCUCCUGUUAUAAUUUCAGCUCAGAAGGAAGAGCUGAAAUGAAGAUGACACCUCUUUAUUUACUGAAUUUAAAACAUUUGUAUAUGGCCACAAAUCAUGUCCCUAAUCCCUAUGACAUACCUUUUUCCCCAACUGCAAACAAUAUUUUAAACUCUACAAUAAUAAAAAACAAAGAUCUGCUCA